UGGUCGUGCCCGUCAUUCUCUUCAUUGACAGCUGGUAUCUAGCGUGUGUAGCAGCAUGGAUGACUUGGAGAAAUGGCCAGAAAUAGAAAAAGCAGCGGCAGGAAAGCGACGUGAACUGGUCUUACAGGGUCCACCUGUAGACGAGCGUAUCUCCUCUGAUGGAGGACUCAGUCCGGCCAUCUACACCCUCACCCUGCUCAAUUAUCUAGAGGUGAGCCAGUGUCCAAGUUUAACAGAGAUCCACGAGGACAUCCAACAACUGACAAACCUCCAGAGCCUCAUCCUGUGCAGGAACAAGCUCGCCUCCGUUCCUGAUGUUGUCGGAAACCUCAAGUCCCUUAAGGUCCUGGACCUCUCAGUCAAUAACCUCGGGGUUUUGCCAAAAGGGAUCUGUGAGCUGAAAGAGCUGAACACCCUCAAUGUAAGCUGUAACAAUCUGGAGACCCUACCAGAGGGACUGAUCCAGUGCACCAAGCUCUCCAACAUCAACAUCUCGAAGAACCGCAUCACUGGAUUCCCCUCUGACUUCUACUCCGAGAAGCUGGACCUGCUCAGCACCCUGGUGGCCUCUGAUAACAACAUAGAUCAGCUGAGUGGGGGUGUUCUGAAGCUAACUGCGCUAAAGGUGCUGGAUCUCUCCAACAACAAGCUGAGCGAGAUCCCCUCCGAGCUGGGCGACUGUUCCAAGCUAAAGGAGAUCAACUUCAAAGGGAACAAACUGAGCGACAAACGUCUGGAGAAGAUGGUCAACGGCUGUCAGACCAAGUCCAUCCUCGACUACCUGAGGGCGAAAGGAAGAGAUGGAGGGGAUGCCGACAAGGGGCGCAUGGCAGACAAGGGGAAACGGCAGCAGAGGAAGAAGAAGGAGAAGGUGGCAGAUGAGCAGGAUGAGAUGGAGGAACUGAAUAAGAUGGUGGUGAGGGUCCUCCAUUUGACAGAUGCUCCUGAAACUCUCACAGUGCGAGUGAGCGCGGAGGUGAAAGAUGUUCGACCGUACCUGGUGUGCUGCAUGGUCAGAGGCAUGAUCCUGAAGCCUGGGAACUCUCUCAAACGGUUCCUGGUAGCUCAGACGAAGCUUCAUGAUGACUUGUGCGGUAGAAGGACCAUCGCAACCAUCGCAACUCAUGAUGCUCAGCUUCUCAGAGCUCCCCUGACAUAUGAUGUCAAAGUGCCCACCCAGCUAAAGAUCACAUCUCUGGGCCGGAAGGAGAUGUCGGCCGUGGAGCUGAUUAGACACCUUCAGCUGGAGGCCGAUGAGCUGAGAAAGCAUAAGAAGAGGCAGAACGUCACCGGACUCCACAAAUACCUUCAGAUUCUGCAGGGAAAGUCUCUGUAUCCAUGCCUUGUCGACGCAGAGGGGCAUGUGAUCUCAUUCCCACCUAUUACCAACAGUGAGAAAACCAAGAUCAAGAAGACAACCAAAGAGUUGUUCUUGGAGGUGACGAGUGCAACCAGCCUGCAGACGUGCAAAGACAUCAUGGACGCCCUCAUAGUGAAAAUGGCCGAACUGAACAAGUUCACAGCGGAGCAUAAGGACGAGGCGGGAUCAGACGGGGAAGGAGAUGGCCCACAAGAAUCUGUGGCCAGCUCUGAGACCUCCAGUGAACUCAUCGUCCAGCAGGUUCGAACAGUUGACCAGGAAGGGAACCUGAAGGUGGUCUACCCGUCAAAGACCGACCUCUCCAAAGAUCUCAGCAACGUGACUGUAAUUUGGUAGACGCUCAGCAGAGAAGCUUUUAUUUUUACACUUACACUCACGAGCUACAUGAAGUAACCAAUAAAACUAAAUGUUUACAUGCAAUAAAAUCACAUCCAUUUAUUCCAGGGAACACGGACAUGUGAUUAUAACACCCAGCAGCCGUUUGAUUUUUAUUUACAAUAAGUGUUGUAUGAAUGUUGACAUUUAUUGCUAAUAUUGUACUUAAAAUAAAUUCUUUGGUCCUUUGUGUCCUGA